UCCUCUCAGGGUCAGACCGGAUUGAAUCCCCUUCUUUUCCAGAAGCCUCUCCUUCUUCUCCCUAGGACUAACCCCCCCACCCACUAACAUACACACACGCAGGCACACACCCCUCCAACCUGAAAAUCAUCGCCUUGGUUUUUGACGGCUUGUGCUCUCCGAAGUCGAGGGUUUCUAAAAGUCGUGCCUGUGAUGGAAGGCAGAGAGGAGAUGGUGAUGCUGGCGGAGGGAGGUCAGCUUGGCAAGAGCAGCUCUGCUAAUUUGUCGGAAGCCAUCGGAAACCCCGGGCGAGAGCCGCAAGGAAAGCAGAGCCACAGAAGCUGCCUGAGCCCCGGCGCUGCGCCCUACUCCCGGGACAGGACCGAGCUGGCGGCGCAGGAGGAGAGCGCACGGAGGAAUAUGUGCGCCGCCGACGUGAGGCCAGUUGGCUCAUCCUCCACCGGAGAGAGGCACCGGACUGAUCACCCCCACAAAGACGGCAGCAGCUCGGACACAGAGUCGGACUUCUACGAGGAAAUCGAUGUGAGCUGCACGCCUGAGAGCAUGGACUACCCAACAGCGAAAGGUAGAAAUGGAGAUUCUCCUGGGCACCCGAGCGACAUUGGUGUUGACCCGGGUAAAAUCGUCCCAGGUCAGGGCUCUCUGUCCUACUCAGCAGACCAGAUUCGCCGGUACCGGACGGCGUUCACCCGGGAGCAGAUCGCGCGGCUGGAGAAGGAGUUUUACCGGGAGAACUACGUGUCCAGGCCGCGGAGAUGCGAACUGGCGGCUGCAUUAAAUCUGCCUGAAACCACCAUCAAGGUGUGGUUUCAGAACCGCAGGAUGAAAGACAAGCGCCAGCGUCUGGCCAUGACGUGGCCUCACCCCGCCGACCCGGCCUUCUACACAUACAUGAUGAGCCACGCGGCCGCCACCGGGAACCUGCCCUACCCCUUCCCAUCCCACCUGCCGCUGCCUUACUACUCCCACCUGGGUGUCGGUGCUGGCUCGGCUCCGGCCGCCACUCCUUUCUCCAACCCACUGCGCUCCCUCGACAGUUUUCGGAUGCUGUCCCACCCUUACCAGAGGCCGGAGCUCCUGUGCGCCUUCAGACACCCCUCCCUGUACCCGGGGCCGACCCACGGCCUCGGUCCCGGGGGAACCCCAUGCUCCUGCCUGGCCUGUCACUCCAGUCAAUCCAACGGGCUCUCGACCAGGCCCCCUGGCUCGGACUUCGCCUGCUCCCCAACCAGCAGGACUGACGCUUUUGUCACUUUCACGCCCUCAGUGCUCAGCAAAUCUUCAUCUGUGACAUUAGACCAGAGGGAAGAAGUGUCCCUGACCAGAUAAAACCAAAACAAACAAAACUCUUGCUCUAUAUUCGCCUUUACCAUGAGCUUUUUAAACCUAACAUAUUAUAUGACCAGGAAUGAAACAGCAUGAAGAGGUAGCCUGUAAGCAGUGAGAGCCAGCUCAAUCUUGGGGCAAGAAAAUUAGCCAGAUCUUCAGAUACGUGACGCACAACAGAUCUUCCAUUACUAAAAAAAUCAUAAUAAUCCCGCUGCAGAGCAGGGACACUGGGAUGAAAUAUAGCGGCAUGGACACAAAACCAGAUUUGAUUUUUAGAAGAUUAAUUUGAUGUGCAAGAGAAGAGGGAAUCCUGUGAAACGUUUAAAUCUCCGUGAUGGAUGGCGUUAAGGUUUUUAUCAUCACUUGUCUCUUUACGCGUCCAAAUCGACCUACAUGUACGGUUAGAAACUGGGGGAAGGAUGCUUUCCAUCCCUCUUCUUUUAACAAGGGGAUUUGUUAACAGACUGCGGUCGUCUCAUUAUAAGCAGCUCUCUACACCGGGGCCCUCUCCGCGGCAGCACCGGGCCGAAAUGUGCAGAUGCAAGUGAAAUUAGUGCGUGAUGUAUAUGUACGACCCGGUGAAUUUUGAGUGUUGAAUUAAUGGUAAUACCACGAAGGAAGGGAGGAAGAAAGGAAGGGAUCGUUGCUGCCAAAAGGUAACAAGGCGCCAAGGGAACGGAUUACUACAGCCCGCAUGGAUUGAAGAGGAGGGAGGAGGGAGAGUUGUACCCAGAAGAGGAUGGAGAGAGGGAGGACAAUCAAAAUUGGAAAAAUGAAAAUGUCUAUUUAAAAAUGGGCCAUCAAAACAUCAAACUUCUCCUCCUUGCCUCUUAGGAGCCAGUUCUUAAAUCUGAUGAAAAUGUGAUUACAUUAUACGCCUAUAGGCCUCUUAUUCUAUUUUUUCUCGCUUUGCACUGCUGCAGUGGCACCAUUUUAGUGACAUUUCAUUUAAUGGAGAAAGCGGACUAAGAAGUGACAUGAUUAUGUUUUAUUUUAUUCAGUUUUUGGUCCUUUUUUGGCUGGGUUUGUCCUCAACGUUUAAUUUGCAAUAAACACUGUCAAAGAAUCAAUGGAGCAACGGAGUCUGUCUUAUAAACACCUCUAUCAUUCUGGGGGGGAAGAGCAGGUUUCAGAAAAUCUUUGUGUGACUUUAA